ACGACUACUGCAAGUACAGAGUAUAAGGCGCAUGCUUAUGAUUGGCUGAAUUGCGGUCACUAGUGAAGUAGUGAUCACAAGGUCCGCUGAAUGACGCUACCCUAUGUAGAACAACAGCCUGGCCCUUUUUGUGGGAAUAUUCUGCCGUGUGGCGAGCAAGUGACGUCACAAUGCAACGCAUAUGCAAUGUGAUACAGUAGCCAUCUGCUUGAACAUGCCAAAGACGUGACUUGGUGCGUAGAUAGACCGUUUCAAUUACCGCUUUUCCCUUGGUUCGCUGCAGAAAGUGCCGCUAAACGUGACAAAAGUUCCGGAAUUUAAUAAAAUAUCUAUCAUCAGGAUCACGUAACUGUCUCUUAUCCAUGACAUAUUUUUCGGCGUUUAAUCCAGAUUUUCCGUGCAACAUCAGCGACUGGCUGGAUUUCAUUUCCUCCUUGGCUGGCUUGAGUCCGCCGUAUUUCAGCAGAGGCAGCUAUAAAUUAUGAGCUCAGACAGAACUGCGUCCACGCACUUCCGGUAAACAGGGACGAUACUACAACUGCACUGAUGAUGUUGGGUAAUGCUCUUAAUCGGGAACGUUCCGCGCCACCAGAUCUUGUGCAGCACGGAUUACAGGAUUGCCGAGGCCGGUUUUGCCAGUUCCUUUCUGCCCGUUUACUCCACAAGCGCUUUGACAAUGUCAUGCUCCCACCGCGUCGUGCCCAGACCGUUCUCGGUAACCGGCGGCGCUGGCGGCUGGCAAAGCCCCUGCCUGCAACAUCUGUAGCGCCACCCCCGUCCGUAUCGCCACUGUUGUCCUCGGACUUCUACCCGCAUCGACCGGCCGGCAUGAAUCUGUUCAGCCUCUUCAAUCUCCCCGUUCACAACUACGAGGCGCACAAAUGGGAAGCCCCGCCCGAUAGAACCCCCAUAAUGCCGGCGUGGGCUGCGUUGCUGCUGGAUCUCUUUUCCGGGGCGCAUCCGGACUAGAUCGUCACUGCGGACGCGGAUUCGGUUGGACGUGGUCGAAGCUGUAUAAACCUCAAUAUACAGACAUGUAAAGCGGUACUCGAAUUUGCACAAAACGUAUUGUUUUUCUUUCUCGUUGGGUGUCCGCAUUGAAUCGUUUCUUAGUUGCUUGUUUGACCUGGUUCUGCUUCACUUUAAGAAGGUUAUGAGAAGUUAUGAGAGACGAAGUUUAUGAGAAACAUUACAAAUAAUUAGAGUUAUUAGACGUAGGUUCUGACAAUGA